AUUUUAGAAUAUAUGUAGGAUGAAAGGUGCCUACCUAUGGAAGCCAAAUACCGAAGCAGAAGCUAUUGCUGUUAAAAGUACGACGGGUUUCGGAAACAAUGUAGAUAUAUGGACAGGUCUUUAUAGUCCAACAAGUGACGAAAACUUUGAAUUUGUCGAUGCUGGUGGUGCUUUUACAUUGGAUACUCUCCCAUUUGGAGAACGUGAUCAAAUAGAUAACGAGGACUGUGUGGAAUUUGAACUAACACAUUCUAAUAACUGGAACUGGGAUGACGAUCCUUGUGAUAGAGCCCAACGCUAUAUGUGCGAAUUUCCGAUGAAAACUUGUCCGUAGAAAGAUAUGUGGUAUAUAUGGUUGCCAUUAUGUUCUGAUGGAUGGAGAUUUCUUCUUCUUGGCGCC